AUGGGCGUGGAGGGAGUUUUGCGACAGGAUUUGGCUUCAGGUGACCUAAAAAAUCCAACUGAUCUCGGGAGGAACGGACGGAAUAAUACAAGGAUAUGUAAUGAGAUGCGACGGAUAUCAGUAGCGGUAUUACCUCCUCGCCUUUUCGUGUGGUUCAAUUCAACAGCCACCAGGGAGCCAGAGGGUAAACACGCGCGUUUGGCAACGGUGACGGAUCGUAAACGUAAACGCAAUCGCAAUCGUAUUUGCUCCAGGCCGAAGGCUCUAGGAAACCCGUAUCCACUUCAACCGCUCAACCAGCCAAACCGGGGAGCCAAUCGUGCGUUCAAACGGGAAUCUUUCGGGUCCUCUGGUUCAUUCGGUUCAUGCGUUCAUCGGCUCAUUGAUCCGUAUGCUGGUUGUUCCGUAGUCCGCAAUCCGAAAUCGAAACGAAGAAGCGGGAAUUGUUUUGGUCUUGGCGCGUCGUUCGGACAGGUUGAUUAUAUAAGAUGGCUACUAGGCUUAUUAAGGCUAGCGUUGUUUUAA